AUGGCGGCAAGUCGCUCCAUGGAGUCUCGUACGGGACGCAGCAAACAACGUUACAGUGAAAGCGGCGAACGACUCGUCGCCGGAGUCGUCCCUCUCAAUGCCGCCAAAACACACGUCCUCCUGAUCCAAUCCACCCGUCGCGCCGGCUGGGUUCUACCCAAGGGAGGAUGGGAGUCCGAUGAGAGUUGCACCGAAGCUGCACAGCGCGAAGCUUGGGAAGAGGCGGGAAUCGUGUGCAAUGUCGACUACGACCUGGGCACGAUCAAGGAAACGCGAGCGCCCAAGCAUCUGACUAAGGAGGCGCCCAAAUCCCUCUACCAGUUCUACGAGGUCACUGUCACACGAGAAGAGCCAGACUGGCCCGAGAAGCACAAGAGGAAUCGGCAGUGGGCCAAUUUCGCGGAAGCGUCAGAAGCCAUGAAGGCGCGACCGGAACUGGUCGAAGCCCUCAAACGGUCCACCAUUCAGAAAUAG